AAUCAAAGUCAAUAUUUCAAAAUGGUUUUUCUCUUGUGUUAUCGAAUUUUGUAGUUUAAUUUAUCUUGGUGUGAUAUUCUAUAUAAACUUGAUUUAGUAAAUAGAUCAUUUUUGUUAAAAGUGAAUAAUUUAUAAAUUAUAUAAGUUCACGUAGAUCGUCGUCGUCGCCAAAGAUCUCCUAGGAUUCCCAUGUAUUUUCAAUCCGAUUUCUCCAAGUAAUUGCUAAAAAUGUAGAAUUCAAGAUUUCUAUGUCAGACCUGUAUCAAAAAAAUGGCAUGGGAUAUUACUGAAGAUUUCGAAUACGUGAUAACAAAAAAAGAUCCACCGCGUGUAUGCUUUGGGACAGGGCUGCCGCGAGAAGUGCUGCCACGAUCUGGCCCUUGCUUAAGUCCUUUUAUGAGACGUAUCGUUAGUGAAGAUCAACCUAACGUGGGUCCGGCCUCUUAUAAUGAACCUCGAGAUGCAUUUUCUCGAUUAACACAAAGGAUAUACAGCAAACUAUAUCAUGGAGCUAAAACACCACGUUGGAAGGAAAAACACGAAUAUCAACCACCGCCAGGAGAGAUCCCACCGGAAAAGCCUAUACCGAAAAAUUGUGCUCCAUUCAACUCCUUCUCCAAAAGGCAACCUUUGUUCGCGCCUAAAGACUAUCCCGCACCCUGUGACUACUAUCCGGAAUGCAAGAGGAGAACAUUAAAUUUUGCUUAUAGUUUCACUGGGAAAAAAGCAUUAAGAUGCGCAGUUGAGAUUAAAUGUGUUCCGUACAACUUGGAUGUAUGUGCCGCGUGUGGAAGGUCAUGUUCCGCCCAGGGUGACUAUUGGCAAUACGAAAAUAGAAUAUUCCUCUGUAGAAAACAUUAUUCCAGAUUUUUCACCCAUUGUCUAGCAAAGUUUCAAGGGUAUAAGCUCGCUGAAUUCAAGCCAAUAAGGGAUUGCUUUUUCGCGCACGCUCAUAACAGCUGUAAGGCCGCAUUAAAGAUCAUGAAAGUACAAGAAAUACAGAAAAAGCUGCGAAAAGAAGCCUAUUUAGACCUGUACUUUCCUCAAAGACGUCUAUGUACUAGUCAUUGAUUUAAAUAUUAAUUUACUGUCGAACUUUUAUUUUAAAUAUAUUUAAUACUUAAUACUGUUUUUCUAGAUCCUUGCAAAGUAUUUUAAAUAAACUUAAUAGUAUAA